CGCCAAUUACAAUUGAUUUAUGGACACGUGAAGUGAAUAGGAAAGGUGAUACCUUUCAAUAAAAAUGAAAUGUGCGUGAUUUCGCAUACAAAUUAGUGCAAAUUUUCAAAAACCUGAAACUUGAAGAUACAAACAAAAGGAAUUAUUUCUAGAACUAUGAAAAUUGCCUAAUGGAUUGUUCGUCGCUUAUUAGCAUUCGUGUUGUUUAAUUAAACAGCAGUCAAAUUUUAAAUGAGUCCAUUACUAAUGGAAGAUAGCAAGCAAGAAAAAAGUCAAUUCACAAAGAAGAAAACCGGGAGGAAAAUGUUAAAACUAAUAAUCGGGUAGUCAAUUUCCAUCACUAAGUCCCGAAAUUGCCGUGGAAAAAUAAAGAAUUGAUCUAGGGCCCAUCAGAAUCCUGAUGUCAUAGUUCCUUCUCGGUGAAAUCAUGUUAGGGCCAUCUUGUAAACGAAAAUUAACUUUGGAAGCAUUUAAGGUUACCCAUGACAGACCUGUAGCCUUUAUUGCUUCUCAGUGGCAGUAUGAUAAAUCCACAGCAAACAUCAAAUAUUGCAUCUACAGGGUGAGCACAUGCAUACUAUUUUUCGUCGCAUGGAUUUUCACAUACCUAAAAGAGCCAGCAGCAGGGAAACCAAGAUGGCCAAUUUACCUAACAAACUGGGGAUUCACGCUCUGUAUGUUGCAAUCGUUUUUGAACAGUAUAAUGAUAGUGGUAACGCUCAUCGCUGAGAGAUCAGCUGGAAAAAGCCAAUGGAAGGAAAAAAUAUUGAAACUCUAUCCCACUUACUGGGUAAUUAAUGUUAUGGCAACCCCCGUUGCAUUCACUAUCAGUAUUAUAUACUGGACUCUGAUUUUUGGGGCUGAAGGUGCCUCAUUUACCCCAAUGAAUUUUAUUGUACAUGGACUGAAUUCUAUAAUAAUGCUAUUAGAUGUAUGCAUUGUAUCUUAUCCAGUGAAAGUAUUUCACUUUAUCUAUCCUCUGUUUUUGGCAUUUUACUAUACGAUUUUCACGGUGAGCUUCUACUACGCUGGAGGAACGACUAAAACUGGUUCACGCUACAUAUACCCAAUCCUUAAAUGGGACCAACCAGGGCAAACAAUGGGCGUUUGUGCCGGAGUGAUGGUGCUCAUGAUCAUUCUUCACAUUGUCACAUUCCUCGUCUACAAACUCCGCAUCAAAAUACACAACCGAUUUUUCUUGCCGAAAAUUGAUCCACCUUUACCCGAAAAGGACCAAAAUGCUGGACAACACGCAUAUGCUAAUAAAGCUAUGGCGAACGAAUAUGUUUAAAAUCAUCUUUGUGUGUUACACCGGGCUGUAAUCAAUAUUUGACAAAUUAUUCCCUUCUAGCUAUGUAAUGUCACCUGAAUUUCAUCACUUUCGUUUCAUUUACAUCAACAGCAUUCUUGCGAUAAGGAAAUUAAUUGUUCCUAAGCCUUUUUCCUUCAUAGUAUUAGUAAGUCCUUUUUAUAUUAAAUAUGAGGGAUUUUUUUCUGAUACCCAAAAUGUCGCUUAAAGUAGUCGUACUCCUAGACAAGAAUAAAACUUUUUAUACCAAACAUUAUAGAAAUUUACAACGAA